UUUACGGUCCGGUCCUUUUCUCCCCCCGCCCGGUGCCGUUUCCAGUUUGUGGCCCCACGUGUGGAGUUUAUUCGGUUUUUUUAGCUCAAAAUUUCACCGCUAGAGUCUGGACCAAAUGGCGUCGUCUAUCGAGCAGAUGAGGGCGAACGUGGGGAAGCUGCUGCGGGGGAUCGAUCGAUAUAACCCAGAAAACCUUGCAACGCUGGAGCGCUAUGUGGAGACACAAGCGAGGGAAAACGCCUAUGACCUGGAGGCGAACCUGGCUGUCCUCAAGCUGUACCAGUUUAAUCCAGCCUACUUCCAGACUCAUGUCACUUCACAGAUUCUGCUGAAGGCUCUGACCAACCUGCCACACACUGACUUCACUCUCUGCAAGUGUAUGAUCGACCAGACACACGUAUCCUCUUGGUGCUGUUGCCUCUGUGUGACUUCCAUCAGUUAUCCCCAGAGUCCAUGUUUAGAAGGAAUAGAUGAUGAUGGUGGAGGAGGGGUCUCUCUCGGGGUCGGGGCCGUUUCCUUGACUACAGUGUCGCAGCAAGAGGAGCGUCCCAUCAGACAGAUCCUCUACCUGGGGAACCUGCUGGAGACGUGUCACUUCCAGAGCUUCUGGACGAGUCUGGAGGAGAACCGAGAGCUCAUCGACGGCAUCACCGGCUUUGAGGAUUCUGUUCGCAAGUUCAUCUGCCACGUCGUCGGCAUCACCUACCAGACCAUCGAGCACCGGUUACUGGCGGAGAUGCUGGGAGACCCGCUGGACACCCAGGUGAAGGUUUGGAUGAAUAAAUACGGCUGGACGGAGAACGAGGAUGGACAGAUCUUCAUCUUCAACCAGGAGGAGAGUGUGAAGCCCAAGAACAUCGUGGAGAAGAUCGACUUCGAGAGUGUUUCCAGCAUCAUGGCCACAUCUCAGUGAUGAAAACAAACACACACAGUCAUGAUGGAGUCAACCAGGCCUUUAGUUUUCAUAACCGCUCUUUUCGCAGUAAAGAUAAUUUAUCAGUUACA